GUUUAUAUUUAGCUGAGAAGAUGAUGUCACCGCUUGGUCAGAAUUUCGGCAGGGCUUCCCUCAACCUUCGGGCACCGCGGGUGACUCAUCCUUUCGUUUGGUGCCACAGCGCGAACACCACGAGCGACUUGGCUCCGGGCUCCGCGUAGUCGUCUGCUGCGGACGCCCACGAACGCCGGCGCUAGCGUCCCUUGCCGUUCUUGUUGGUGGCCUGCUAGUGAGCAGUUGUGAGUCGCCAUGUAUUGCGCUACGAGCGAGUCGGCCGAUCUGCGGCUGUCCGUCGCUGAUAUCCUGUCGUCGAUGGCCAAUGGAGUACCCGACGCCCCGGCGACAACUACGUAUUCCAAUUUUUCAGGAAUCACUGGGAUCCCCACACGCACCACUUCCACACUAACUCCCACAACCUUGAAGAACAUAGAGGAGUCAUUCUUGGAGCUGCAGUCGGUCCCUCCAGCACCGAUGGAGCAUCAACACCAAGCUGGCUUCGUGCCACCCGUGGUCAACAUUGCCCAGUACCAGCAGCAGCAGCAUCAGCAGCAGCAACAGGCUCCUCCUUUCUGGUCGCAGCAGCAGCAGCCUCCAAUGGUGACGAUCAAGCAAGAGGUGGACGACGACUGGCUUCCCCCGUGCACCACUCGGCAGCAGCUGCAGCAGCAGCAAGUGACUCGGCACAUCAGCAACACACCUACACCAUCGCCACCGCUGCCCCCUAAGCCAGCUCGCACUGGUGGUGGCAGGAGGCCCAACAGGAGUGAAAAGCUGAGUCCUGAAGAGGAAGAGCGAAGGCGAAUUAGGAGGGAGCGCAACAAACUGGCUGCAGCACGUUGUCGGAAGCGGCGGAUGGAUCACACAAACAGCCUCAUUAAGGAAACAGAAGGCCUUGAAGAAGCCCGAAGCUCACUGCAGAAGGAGAUUGCUGCACUGCGCAACGAAAAGGAAAACCUGGAGUUCAUCCUUGAGGCUCACCGGGCAAGCUGCAAGAUGUCCCACAUGAAAGCUAUAACUACUGCCUCUUCUACAAUGAGUGCACUCUCACAGCAACGACCUCAGCAUCUCCCUGUUGUCACCUCAUCAGAUUCUGGCCCUGUCCGCAACAACCACAAGCUUCCGAAUGCCCCUGGCCGAGCCCCCAAGUUUUCCCGUCCCAACUCUCUCGCUGUUACCUCGGUGUUCACGAACUCAGAUGGCAGCAGUGCCCUGAACAACAGCUGCAGUGUUCCUGCGUCUUGUCCCUCGCUCUUGACGGAAGUCGCCGGUGUGCCCAUCCAGACUCCGUCAGCCGGCAUGUACAGCUUUGAGUCCAUCGUCGAGGGCACCGGAGCGACGCCCACGGGAACUACACCUCUCACGUUUUCUCCAGUGACAUCAUGUGCCGAGCAGCAGCGCAACACCAACGGUGACCUGUCUAGCCCUGACGGCAUGAAUCCCCCCAAGCUGGUGUCACUCUGACCCCCACAGAACUGAGGUUUGUGCAUCUCAGGAGCUGCGACCUCUGACCGAGCCUCUGAUGGGGUUGCAUGCACCACCAGUUCUUUCCCUGAGUGUCAUUGCUCGGAACUUUUGACGGUGCAUCGUACCGUGUUCAACAUUGUCAUCCUCUCAUGCUGGCACUUGUUGCCCUAUGUCCAUUUGCAACGAGUCGGACGCGUCCAACGUGAUGUGCCUGCCGGGAACUGGCUGCUCUGUUCUGUUUCGCUUGGAAGUACCUAGGUACACUUGCUGGGGGCAGUGUCUUUGUUUGUACUAAAGCUAGAAAUAAAUGUCAGCUCCUCAAACAUAACUUGCUGCUGCAUCGUUGUAUGCUGCCUGUGCCUUUUAACGUGGAGGUAUCUCUGUAAUUUUUUUCUUACUUUAUUUCUGUCAUGAGCCUGAAGUGGAUUAUUCCUUUCUUUAAUAAGCUUGAUAAAUGGGCUCAUAUGUCGUAUAAAUUGACUGUGUCUGUGUUUUUCCAUGCUUCAGCACUUUCCUAGUUUUUACCAAGAACUGUUGGCAUCAGAGUGCAAAAAGUUGAUUUAUAAAGUGUGGUUCUUCUUAAGUUCUCUAACUAUGUAUUCCACUGCUCACUAGCCAAGCUAUUUUUGAUGACCAACCAUUCUCGAUCCAAGUUAAAUUUGCAGCUGUGUCUGCUUGACAGGGCGUCAUGCCCUUACAUGAAUAUGUGUCCUUUGCUGCCUUGACGUGGUGGUAACAAACACCCUUGAACACUGCUUCCUCAUAGAGCAGUUAGUUCCCUGCUAACAGCCUGUGGUGUACUAUAAUUCUCAGAAGAUUUUUGAAGAGGUUGUUGGCAGUGCGUUGUUAGACCAAGCUGUUGCUGUAGAAGGAAGUCAGUACAGUUGCUCCAGUCAAACACCAUUCCUCUGGUGUCGCAGAUUGCGACACCUCGUGAUGCAGGUCACCUUAGUCGGCUGGUUGUGAAGUCUUGGGAAGAAUGGGUUCAUACACCCUUGGAGCUCAUGUGUGAUGAUUUUGAUGGAGGCUGCUUAGGAACUGUAUGCUAGGCUGCAAGUUUUGAAUUUGCUCAACAAGUGUCUUCUUGUCGCCUGAAAUGUGCCAUGCCAGAGUGAUUUGUCACUGUUGAGUAUCGGGAAGUAAUCUCUUUUUUUUUUUUGUGUGUGUGUGUUUUCAAGGCUGCCUCCAAUUGUCAUUUACUUGUAGCAUGUUUGGACAAUUUCAGCUGAUUUAGGGUUGUAUAUAAUGUGCACAGUUUUCAGACGGUCCUUGAGCCAUAAAAACUAAGGACGUUAGAUGUCAAAAGUUUAUGGGCAUUGAUGUCAGCACCUUCCAGCAAGGCUUUUUAUUCAAGUCCAGGUUUCUUUUUUUACCUUGCAGUUUAGAUGUUAGGUGUCUGUACACAUGACAAUAUGUCCUGCAUUAUGCAGUAACUUAAAUAUGUCCAUACCUUAGUUCUUCGCUAUUUCAGCUUUGAUUGUCGGAGCAUGCAGAAGUGCAUAGCGUGGCCACUACCUGAAAUGAAUUGUUGCAGAAGGCUUUUGUGCGUAGAGUCAAUGGAAAAGCUUGUUAGCAAUGGAAGAAGGUUUUCCCGAUAAAACUGUGGGUUAAGCCAGCAGCUGUAGUCCUGGCGUGGUGCGCACGAGUUUUGCAUUCAAUGCAUAAUGCCAAAAUAUCCUCAGAUAAUCAUAGCCACAGGUUGAGCAUUUCAGAUCAUUUGUGCAGUGUAACGUUGGCGCCAUGCACCUAGUCUGUUUUUAUUGCAAUUCAUUGUGCAAGUGAAUGAGUGCUUUCAUAAUCAACCUUAAGCAAUAUGGAGAGAGAGGACCCCAUCACAUUUGUGAACAUUGGGGAUCAUUGAUUGUAGGUGUAUGCAAUUCUUGACAUAAGAGCGUAAGCCUGUUUCAGUUGGAUGAAAUUGAAAUCAAGUGAUAAAAAAUAAAUUGUGUAUUUGAUAAUACAUUUUCAAGUGAAGUUCUAGUAUAGCCAAUGUAGACCAAAUAUUGCAAUCAUUUGACCAGCAGUAACCAGAUCUCCAUUUUAAACAGGCUUCGUUGUACUUAACAUUUCACGUGAGUGUUUGUGCAUUAAAUGCGUUUCUCUUUGUGCGUGCAUAUGUGAUCAUAGGGAUCUGGGAUGACUGAGGUUGGAGAGGGAGGGAGGGGAGAGUGUUUUUAUUCUGGCAUUGUCAUAUCAUUGGCUCUCACUUUCGUACAGCUGUUUCAUUGUGUCGCGCGAUCACAUGCAUUUCUGCUUACGCAAUGGCUGUUACAAGUGGUUCUGUGCUACAUGUAGUAUCUCAACGCAACACUCCAGUGAAUCUCGUAAAGCGUACAGUGCUGAAUAUCCUGCCAUGUUGAUGACACGGUCUGCCGAGGUGUUUUUGAGAGGUGCAAGAUUGUGCGCAGUUUAUAUGCAUAAUGAAGAUUACAUAUGCAUGCAUCUAGCAUGUACGUUACACCAUUAAAAGACUGUAUAGCAGCAAAUACUGGGCUUGCAUGCUCCUUAGCCAAUGCAGACAUUCUUCUAAAGUGCCACAUGCUUUUUCCUGCAAGAAUGAUAUAUGCGUGGUCUGAUAGUAUAUAUUUUCUAUACAAAACUUAUAAUUAUUACGAUAAUAUAUACUGCAUAAUGCUAUUUUAGAUGACACAGCAAUAAUGCCCUUUUAUAUCUGCACAAAAACAAUGAAUGUGUGGUUGUAACUCUCCGUCGUUGCAGAACACAAUGCUCAUGACUCUCAUUAUGCACUUUCGUGAGAAUGUUAAUGACGGUAUGUUUCACCUGCUUAUUUGCAGCUCCGAAUUGUACCAAAGACUGCUUGUGCCGAACGGAACUCUCCUUUGCUUCUUUUGUUUUGCCGGCAUUCAUUGUUUUGUUUGAGUUGUUAAAUCCAGAGUCACUCAUUGUGCUGUGUUUUUAGUUGGUUUUUGUUAUAGGUUAUUUAUUAGCCAGGAACUGAUGUUCUUGGCUUCCUUGUUUAUUUCGUUGAGCUUCUGUUUCUUUUUUUUUUCUUUUUUUUUAUUAUUGUGGUUCCGAUAUGGCACACUGCAAUGGAGUGUUUGAGGAUCAUGUUCUGCCAUACAUUUUAUUGUUUUAGUUACAUCUUGUCUUUCAUGUUGCAUUUAAACGUCUCGAGAUUCAUGGUGUGUGCGUGCCUGCUUUAUCGCUUCUUAAGCCGAAAUAAAGAGAAUGUUUCAUAUUUUUAUACCUGCAA